GUGGGUUUGAAGUUGCGACAGAGUGUUUCUUGAUUCAUUUGAUCCAUGCCAUUUGGUCAGCUGAGACAUGUUUGCAUUCGCUGUUACUACUGCAACCCACCGCAGACGCCUUGGCCCAGUGCAGUAAAUCAUCCAAGUUGUAGUUGCGUCAGAAGCAUGGCCAUACAUCCGGAGUUUGUGCUGAAGCCACCAGCCAAGCCCACUGACCUUGAGGUGAUUGUGCGGAAAGACAAAAGCCUGGUGAUCACUUGGAGAUCCACUGACAGCAGAGCUUCUCUCUUCGAGCUGCGGAUCUGUUACUAUCCAUUUGAAGGGCCUAUCAUUAGGGACAGUCCCACCAAAUCAAGUGUCCAUGAAGUGUGUGGCGCUGCAAAACACGUUCUUCAUCCUGGCGAUCUGCCUAAAGCACAAGCUUGGGUAGUCAAGAUCAGCUUGAAGGCCAAGUCUGAAGGGGGUGAAAGUGAGUCAGCGGAGUGUCAGGUCACUUGGGAGGGUGAGCUUUCAGACGAGGAGUCAAAGAAUGACCUUAGAGAGAGGGCUUGGACGUUCGAUCGUCAAGACCUUUGCGCUUUCAUGGAAAGCAAGAAAAAACACCCGGAGGUUCUAGUCCUUGGCCCGCAGCACCACGGGAAGUCUUCGUUCGUGAAUCAUGUUCGCCGCUGCCUUCGUGGUGAUUUGUCUCUGAACGACGAAUUGGACACAGCACCUGCUGGUGCUGAAGAGAGGACUAUCGAAGCAAAGAGAGUUUCAAUUGAAGUUGGCUCCUCAUCCAGAAUGACUUUCAUCGAUACCCCUGCUUUUUCCACCAUGAAUGCUGACACGAUUCGCACGCUUCAAACAUUGCUGUCAAGCAGCGUACAUGAUGGGGCUCGCCGGCUGGAUUUGGCAAGAGAUGAGUUGAGCUGGGUUGGGGCCCCUCCCCAUGCUAUGAUCUUGGUGAUCUCACUCUGCCACUGGCGAGAUCAAGCUGAUGAGAUGAGGACCUACUUGGAGAAGAUGGCUCGGGUCUUGAAGAAUGCUUCCGGAGGCACAGUGGAGUUUCCCUACGUCGUGGCUGCUACUCAUUGCGACAAGUUCCUCAUGGAGUGUCAGCAGGAUGACCCGUGCAAAGAACUGGACAAGGCAGUCCGUGGAAUCAAGAGGUCUGCUUUGACCAACCAUGUCUAUGCCAUCAGAAACUGCGAAAGGGAGAGCGCCGGAAAUGCUCGCAACAACAAGGCAACUUUCGACCUUCUCUCCCAGCUGCUCACCAAGGCCAGGAAUCAAGACACUGCAAGGAGCCAGACAUCCUUCGUCCAAAGGUGGUUCCGACGUGGUCGUCGCGCCAUUGAGGAGAACCGGCAUUUUUUGGGUGGCGUUGGGGUUGGCGGGACUCUCCUCGCUGUUGCUUGGCACUGCACCAAUCCUGUUGGCUCAGCAGCCGUAGGCUUCCUUUUGCUUGGAGCUUGAAACUAUUUGUUUCUUCUUGGGCUGAGAGCUGUUUUUUAAUCCGCGGUUGUAGUACAACUGCUGUCAACUGCUCGGCUUUAAAGCUGGCUAGAUCCGGAGCAGUUCCGAUGCUUCCGAUGUUCACGGCCAGAUGCAGCCUUGUUCCAAAAGCAGUUUUGCUGCUAAGAGGCAGCUUUAGCGGUGGCAAGGAAACACAAGGAGAAACUCUUGCAUGAGCGGAAAAGGUAAA